GAGCUUAACACUGGAUGAGUGAGAGAGAGAAAGCUUCAAAGCACGCUAGGAAUUUAUUCACAUCUAGAUUUUCAGACAGCAAGCGCGUAGCGGUUUUAGUAGUAACGAGUGCAGCAGUGCGAUUUGACUUUGUUGAACUGUGCAUCACUGCAUACCGGCUGUAUUUUAAAAUUCGCAUCGGAAUUUUCUCUUGAUUCCAGUGACCUUUAAUCGCUAAAAUGGUGACCACGACGACGAAAACCCUGAACUAUUCUAUCACGAAAGGAUCCUCCACGAAUUCCGUGAAUGCCACCAUCACCAGUACACCGGGAUUCAACAGCAACUAUCUGGGGAAAAUCCCCGGCAUCCUGAAGUUGUUGGAGUUCAUCCUGGCCGCGGUGGCCAUGGGUCUGGUAGCAUCACGCCGACAGGAAAUGCGCAUCACGGAGACGGCGGACGCUCCCCGUUAUAAUGCCGAAUACAUGAAUAACAGACCGGAACUCUGGCGGAAUGAUGUAGUCACGUUGAGCUACUUGCGGGAGCUGUUCCUUGUCGGUGAGGUGUACUUUCUGUGUGCGCACUCUGCCGUUCUGACCGUACUGGCAAUUGUCCUCAUCGCAUACCUGUUCCACACCACAUCCGCCAUGAUUGUUCCGAAGGCCACCACGGUUGAAAACGUGAUGAACAUGCUGUUGGCCCUGAUGCUGAUUGCUGCCGGGAUCGUGGAGAUUGUGAUGACCGAGAAGUGGAAAUGGGAUGGCGAUAACAAUAACCGACCCCUGAUGUACGCGAACGAAGAGGCGGUUCGCGUUGCCGCAGGCGCCAUCGCUCUGUUGAACGGAAUUCUCUUCCUUGUCAGCUUCUUCAUGUCCAAAAAGGAAUUGGAGGGUCCGAAGACGCUGUAAGUGUGCGUUUCUGACUUGCAGAAGAGUGUCGUCGCGUGGCCAUACGUAAUUGUUCGGAAUAGUCUGGUUUAAUGUACUCUUUUCUUGGGACAGAAGUGGAUAGUUUUUCCUUGUGUAUCCUAAUAAUAUAGUUUAUACUCUGGAGAAUCUCAGAACUGAAUAUGUCUGAGUCAUUCGCUGCUUGUUAUUUUGUACCUGUAUUAAUUUUUAUGGUGUAUCUUUUCAAUUGUAUGAAAUAUUUGUCUACCCUUACUGUCGCUUUUCCUGAAUAAGUGGACAGCGCUGUUGAACGUUGGGUAUUUUUUUACCGUACAUUACAGUUUUCUCGGUAUGGUAGAUGGCAUUUUCUUGUGUCUGGUAUUAAAAUGUUUUUGAUGC